AUCACCAGACUUUGCUCCCCAUCCUGAGCUGUGGGGAGAACCCAGGCAUCCAGGCUCCCAGAGGGUCUGGGAAGGGCCAUGCUGAAGGAGGUGAGCGGGGCGCCAGAGCAGCCCCCCCACCACGGCCAUGCCGUCCAACGCCCGGGCCGGCAGCCUCAAGGAUCCCGAGGUGGCCGAGCUCUUCUUCAAGGACGACCCCGAGAAGCUGUUUGUGGAUCUGCGGGAGAUCGGCCAUGGCAGCUUCGGGGCCGUCUACUUCGCACGCGACAUGCGCAGCAACGAGGUGGUGGCCAUCAAGAAGAUGUCGUACAGUGGGAAGCAAUCCAAUGAGAAAUGGCAGGACAUCAUUAAGGAGGUGAAGUUCCUGCAGAAGCUACGACACCCCAACACCAUCGAGUACAAGGGCUGCUACCUGCGGGAACACACGGCCUGGCUGGUGAUGGAGUACUGCCUGGGCUCUGCCUCAGACCUGCUGGAGGUGCACAAGAAGCCGCUGCAGGAGGUGGAGAUCGCGGCCAUCACCCACGGAGCGCUGCAGGGCCUGGCCUACCUCCAUUGCCACAACAUGAUCCACAGGGACGUGAAGGCCGGGAACAUCCUGCUGACGGAGCCGGGGCAGGUGAAGCUUGGGGACUUUGGCUCGGCCUCCAUCAUCGCCCCCGCCAACUCCUUCGUGGGCACGCCGUACUGGAUGGCCCCCGAGGUGAUUCUGGCCAUGGACGAGGGGCAGUACGAUGGGAAGGUGGACGUCUGGUCGCUCGGCAUCACCUGCAUUGAGCUGGCGGAGCGCAAGCCGCCUCUCUUCAACAUGAAUGCAAUGAGUGCCUUAUACCACAUCGCCCAGAACGAGUCCCCCGGCCUGCAGUCUAGCCACUGGUCCGAGUAUUUCCGGAACUUCGUGGACUCCUGCCUGCAGAAAAUCCCCCAAGACCGGCCCACCUCGGAUGUGCUGCUCAAGCAGCACCGGUUCCUCCUGCGGGAGCGGCCCCAGACGGUGAUCAUGGACCUGAUUCAGCGCACCAAGGACGCCGUGCGGGAGCUGGACAACCUGCAGUACCGCAAGAUGAAGAAAAUCCUCUUCCAGGAGGCGCAGAACGGCCCCAACGCCGAGGCACCUGACGAGGAGGAGGAAGUGGAGCAGUUCAUGCACCGGACGGGCACCAUCAACAGCAUGGAGAGCAGCCACUCGGUGCCCAGCAUGUCCAUCAGCGCCAGCAGCCAGAGCAGCAGCGUCAACAGCCUGGCGGACGCUUCCGACGAGGACGAGGGAGCGGAGAUCGCCAUGAUGCAGGAGGGGGAGCACACGGUCACCUCCAACAGCUCCGUCAUCCACCGCCUGCCGGGCCAUGAUAACCUGUACGAUGACCCGUACCAGCCGGAGAUGGAGCCCCAGAGUUCCUCCUCGGCUGCCCGGCGCCGCGCAUACUGCCGCAACCGGGACCAUUUUGCCACCAUCCGCACGGCCUCACUGGUGACCCGGCAGAUCCAGGAGCACGAGCAGGACUCGGCGCUGCGGGAGCAGAUGAGCGGCUACAAGCGCAUGCGGCGCCAGCACCAGAAGCAGCUCCUGGCGCUGGAGAACAAGCUGCGGGCGGAGCUGGACGAGCACCAGCUGCGGCUCGACAAGGAGCUGGAGGCCCAUCGCAGCAGCUUCAGCGCCGAGGCCGAGAAGCUGGCCAAGAAGCACCAGGCCAUCUUCGAGAAGGAGGCCAAGGCGGCGCUGGCCGAGGAGAAGAAGUUCCAGCAGCACAUCCUGGGCCAGCAGAAGAAGGAGCUGAGCAGCCUGCUGGAGUCCCAGAAACGGCAGUACAAGCUGCGCAAGGAGCAGCUCAAGGAGGAGCUGCAGGAGAACCAGAGCACGCCGAAGCGGGAGAAGCAGGAGUGGCUGCUGCGGCAGAAGGAGACCCUGCAGCACUGCCAGGCGGAGGAGGAGGCCGGCCUGCUGCGGCGCCAGCGCCAGUACCUGGAGCUGCAGUGCCGCCAGUACAAGCGCAAGAUGCUGCUGGCCCGGCACAACCUGGACCAGGACCUGCUGCGCGAGGACCUGAACAAGAAGCAGACGCAGAAGGACCUGGAGUGCGCCAUGCUGCUGCGGCAGCACGAGUCGACGCAGGAGCUGGAGUUCCGGCACCUGCACACGGUGCAGCGCACCCGCACCGAGCUCACCCGCCUGCAGCACCAGACCGAGCUCGGCAACCAGCUGGAGUACAACAAGCGCCGCGAGCAGGAGCUGCGCCAGAAGCACGCCAUGGAGGUCCGCCAGCAGCCCAAGAGCCUCAAAGUAGGUGCCGCCCGGGGGCCCCGCCCGCGCAGCCUGGGGGGCCCGCGGCCGGACGGCCAGGAGGCCUGGGCUCUAGGACCGGGCCUGGGGGGCCCGCGGCCAGACGGACAAGAGGCCUGGGCUCUAGAACCGGGCCUGGGGGGCCCGCAGCCGGACGGCCAGGAGGCCUGGGCUCUAGAACCGGCCCUGGGGGGCCCGCGACCGGACGGGCAGGAGAGCUGGGGUUUAGAGCCAGACGGCGAGGAGGCAGGAGAUCUAGAGCCUGAGAGCCUGGGGGUUCGAGAGCCAGACGGUGAUGUGGCUCUAGAGCAUGAGAGCCUGGGGGCUCUGGAGCCAGAUGGUGAGGAGGCCGAGGCUCUAGAGCGGGAGAGUCUGGGGCUUCUAGAGCCAGGCCUCGUGGCUCUGGGGGUUCUAAAGCCAGAUGGCCAGGAGGCUGAGGUUCUAGACCUGGACGCUCUGGAGCCAGACGGGCAGGAGGCAUCCCUAGAUCCUGCCCUGGGGGCGCUAGAGCCGUCCACCCCCUGCUGUCUCCCCGGCAUGCUGCCCCUGAUCCCGGAGGAGGGGGAGGGGCUGCGGGGCCCAGCCGACGGCUGCCCUGCCCCCGAGGACCCCUAUGCGGAGCUGCGGCGCGGCCGGGAGGAGGGGUCCAGGCCGGCGCCUGCCCCCUGGGCGCCCCUGCUGCCCCACGCCGUGUGCGCGGGGCUGGCCCUGCUGGUGGCCGCCUACCCCAGCGGGCCGGCCCUGCUGCUGCUGCUGGCGGCGCUGUGGGCCCAGGGCUCGGGGGGCGGGGCCCAGGCGGUGCUGCUGGCCCUGGAGGGGGCGCUGGUGGGGCUGGGCGUCUCCUACGCCCUGCUGCACUCGCUCUUCCUGCUCUCGGGCACCUCCUUCCUGGCCCUGGCCAAGGGGGCGGGGGCGCUGGGCGUGCUGGGGCUGAGCGCCAGGCGGGGCCGGCUCUACGUGCCCGUCAUCCUGCUGGCCUCCCACCUGCUGGCCUCGCCCUGGCUCUUCCUGCCGCUCUACCUGCUGAUGGCGCUGGCCCGGCGCGCCCUGCGGGGGCUGCCCCACUGCGCCCGCCGCCUCUGGCUGCGCGCCCUGCUGGGCCUGCCCCUGCCCGCCUUCCGCGCCCUGCAGGGCCUGGGGCUGGUCACCGAGGGCGGCCUCUUCCGGCUCUUCCCCAAGACCAACAAGGGCGGCUUCCGCAGCCGGCUGCCCGUGCCCGCCCCCCGCCCUCCCGCCCCGCCGGCCUGGCCCCGCCGCACCCUGGCCCUGCUGGCCCGGCCCGUGCGUGCCCUCAACCAGCGCCUGCUGCGGCUGGCGCGGGAGCUGAGCGCCCGCCUGCCCCCGGCCGCCCUGCACCACCUCAAGGGCCUGCGGGUGCUGCGGGAGGAGCGGCCCAGCCGCAUCCCCCGGCUGGUGGGCAGGGGGCGCCGCGGGCAGGGCUGGAGGGCUGGCCCCAUGGCCCAGGGGGGCCGGGCUGCCUCCAGCGGGGGACGCCGCAGCACCCCUGGGGACCCCCGUGCAGCCCGCCGGCCCUGGAGGUGAGGCCACCAGCCCCCCCCCACUUGUUUUUGGCUUGGGAACCAGCCACGCCCCUGUGCCGCCCAGUGAUUGGCUGGGGACGAGCCACAGCCCUGUGACAGCGUGAACAGGCCCCGCCCCUCUUCCUGGUUCGGUUGGGGGGGCUGUGACAGAGAGUCUCCUCUUUCUCCCCUCUGUGCUGGGAUCCAUCCCGCCCCUCCCAUCUGAAUGUGGGGGUGGGGCAGCUCGGUUCUCCUUCCCCAGCCCCCCCACCAGAGCACAGGCUGAGGGCGAGCCCCAGGCCUCCCCAAAAUCCACAGCAGGGUGUCCCGUGCUCCUGGGCUUCUCUGGGCAUCCCCUACCAGAGCGCUCCAUGGCCCAGCGGGGGGGGAUGUGACCCCAAAGGCAGGCGGCUCCCAUGGCUCAUUGGGGAGGAUGUGACCCCCAAAGGCAGGCGACCCCCAUGGCCCAGCAUCAGGGAUGUGACCCCAGUAUCUUGGGGGGUUAUGUUUUGCCAAGGGGGUCGAAGGGGACUGAACCCCACUCUGGGUGCUCUGUGUAGGGGUCCAGGGCUGGAGGGCACAGCUGCAGUGUCUGCUAUGGAGGAAAGAAUCACCUAACCCUUGCCCCCCAGGAGCCGGCGGGGGUGCAGUGGGGGGGCCUGGGGGGAAGGGCAGCAGUUGGGUGGUUGAAGGGAGGACUGGGGGGGAUGUGACCCCUUCACCCAGGGGUGCUGCUAUCGGGGCCAGCCGUUUGUGUCUGUCUCUGAGCCGGCCACGGCCCCCCGCAAACGCUAUCCAAGCCCCUGGGGCAGGGGCUCGAUUCUCCGCUAGUUGCAGGCCCCACAACACUAUCCGCCCCCUCAGAAAUAGAGGGGGGCUCCCAUCCGGCCGCAAGCGCCGGGGGAAGGUGCGUUUCCGCUCCCAGCUCCGAGGGGCGGCCCUAGGUGAUUCUUUCCCCGGAGACGGCUUUGUUUUCCCCAUCUCUGUAACCCCGCUCCCCUCGGGGGAGACUUGAACGUAUUUAUUUGCAGAUGCCUUUACGUUUUGUGUGUGUGUGUGUGUGCGUUUUUUUAUGUAAGUGAUCAAACACGUUAUUUUUUGUUUGUUUUGGGGUAAAUCUGUGAUAUUUCUUUUUUUAUUUGACUGAAAACAGGAGAAAUAAAAUAAAAAUAAUCACAGAUUUUCCAAAAAUGGGAGAGUCUAAAUCUUCUUUUGUGUUAAAUUAACUUCUUAUCAAUUGCUUGGGGGAAGGUGAACCCUUUGCUUUCCUUCAAACCCUUCCCCCCCCGUGGUUUUUGGCAGCCCUUGGGUAACGCUGAUUUCAUUUGCUGCAGUUUUAGAAAAUCUCAUUGGUGGUUUUGUGGAGCGCCUUUAUUUAUCGCACUUGUCGGAGCGAAUCUGGGAUGAGUUUUCUUCCUGUUUGAAGCCAAUGAUGAAUAUUUAUAUUUGCUCCAGUUUAUGAAAUUUAUGAUUCUUUUUUAUUUCUCUCUUUAGUCCCUUUAGUCUUAUUUCUUUAUUCCUGUUUCUGAGGCAAAUACUUUUUUGUCCUCGUUAGAAUUUAAUUUCCCGCCCGCCCUUAGUGAAUUUAGAAAUCCCCCCGCCCCAUUCAGUAAAUUCAGCAACUUUCUUUGUUUCCCCCUGUUUUGGGCCUAAAUCUGAGUGUUUUUGUUCUAUUUACCCUGGGCUUGCUCAACCUGGGGUUUUUUUAAGGUUCUUCCAUUUUGGGGAAAGUUGCAUUUCACCAGCAUUUGUGUUUUUAAAACUCAUUUGUCCAAGGUUUGAUCCAUCACUUUAAUAUCUGGGGGGGUUAUUUUCUCCUAUUUUUAGUACAGCUGUGAUUAUUCCUCGAGUUGAAAGCCGGGUGGAGGGGGGUCAUUUCUUUUAGAUCAUCUAGUCUGACCUGUAUGUCCGAGGAAAGCAAAUUUCAGCCGUCCCAGGCCCUAUUUCAGAAAAGUCCGUUGUAUUUGUUUUCUAGUUCAACUAGGAAUUAAUUCAGGGCAGCUUGACGGAGAUCAGACGAGAUGUUCACAAGAGUCCCCUCCAGGCUGAAAAUCUAUUCAUCUUAUUGCUUGGUUUUGUUGAUGUAUUUUCCCUGGCGCUCUCCAGCCUUUUACCAAUAUUGUAAUGUUUUAAUUUAAUUUCCCCCAGGUUUGGUCCAUGUUAUUGAUUUGUAUUUGCCCAUUUUUCUACAAGAUCGAUGGGUUUGUAUUUCAUUUGCUGCUCUGGUAGCCCAGUUUCCGGUCAAUGUAAAACUAGGACCAGGACUGGCCCGAACGUGGAGCCAUAAUCUAACCCUGACCAUGCUACUAGGCUUGGCCAAACAUUGAAGUGAUCGGAUUUCACCAAUUUGGGGCACAUUUCUCCCAGUCUGGGCCCCAGGUGGGUGACAUCUGACGAUUUUUACUUGAUUUUUAUCAGUUUGUGAGCAAACCAUUGGUGCAAGGCUCUCCAUUUUCGGAUGAUUUCUCUCUGGUUUUGACCAGGGAAUUGGUGCCGUGGGAUAUUUUUAGCUGAUCUGGGAAGGGGGGUAGCUUUCCCCAGUUUUUGGGGCAGCCUGUUGCUUUUUGCCUGGGGUUGGCCCACGGUGUCCUUGGCAGUCGCACCUCCCCUGGCUACCCGCUGGCUCCCAGGGUUGGGGGCUGUUUAUCCCCCCGCCCCCCGGCCUGUGUGCAUGCCAUGCAUUCCUUUUUUACAUUUUGGCUUCCUCUGAAUUUGGUUUGACGCAUGAUUAUUUUGGUUCCUUUCCACUUUCAAUAAAGGACGGCCCCUUGCAGGGCGCCCUGA